AUGACCGAAAGUCGAGCUCGCAGCCAUUUACCUACACCAACAAAAACACUUGGUCAAUAUGCCUUCUUUGACGAUACCCCAACCACAACAGCACCAACCACAACAUCCGACUCUAUUACAUCCUCGGUAAACAGACAUAGUCCAGUAACAAUUCCAAAACCAUCAUCACAAAUGGCAUCAAUAGUAUCUUCACCUCUUGUUGUUAUCCCAACCCGUCCACCAAGAAAGCUCAGUUAUCCAAUGCAGUUACCAGACUUUGUGGUCGGAAGCAUACCCCACUAUGUACCCGUUCCCUGGCCAAAUUCCAUGACACAUGCACCAAUGACACCUGACUUCAUAACAAGUCUUGAAAAACGAGCCUUCUUGAGUAGAGCAAAUAGCUUUUCAGAAGAUGAUGAUGGGGCAGUAUUUGAUAUGGAAGACCCUACAGUAUCAGUAUCACCAUCAUCAUCAUUCCUCUCACCACAAUAA